CCGCCCCCUGUCCCGCUCUAUACAUCUCGUCCUCCAGAAAUGGCGACGUCGCCGCGCCUCCUCCUCGUGGUGCUGCUCCUCUUCGCGUCGGCGGCGGCCCCCACCGUCGCGGUAAGGUUAGUCGUCGGUGGCAGCAAGCGCUGGGCACCCAACGUCAACUACACCGACUGGGCGGACGGGCACGAGUUCCACGUCGGCGACUGGCUCGAAUUCGACUACGAGAAGGACAGGUACGACGUGGUGCAGGUGAACGAGACGGCGUACGCGACGUGCGACGGCAGCAGCCCGAUCCUCAGCUACAGCCGCGGCCGCAACUUCGUCUUCCGCCUCAACACCACGGGCCGGCUCUACUUCAUCUGCAGCCGCGGCUACUGCUGGAACGGCAUGAAGGUGUCCGUGCUCGUCCAGCCCGCGCCGCCGCCGCCGCCGCCGGCCAUGGCGCCGUCGUCCCGCGCAUCGCGCGCCCGCGCCGCGGCCGGGGUCUGGCGGUGGGCGGCUAUCACUGUCUUGGUGGGCGCGGCGGUGCCUUUACGGGUGUGAACGGCAAGGCGCAAGCACUGGGCGUUCUGCCUGCGCGGCGCCUUCCUGACUGCCAUGGUCUACAGAUGUUUGCCUACCGUGCUGCCCAUUUUUUGCAGCUUAACGUAGUCGUGUGUGGGAGAAAUAUCAAAUAAUCGAGAGAGAAAAAAAUGAGCCAUGGUGAACUGUCAAGGUGGUUUACACGAAUUUUGCAUGAUCUGAGCCUGCGCUGCCAGUAGCCACAUACGCAUACAGCACUGCAGCUUUGCAACACCCGGUUUGGCAGCACAUUACCUGGCAAGUGGCAACCAACCAUACACUGGACU